AUGGAAAACCAAUCCUGCCUCUCUGAAUUUUUCCUGCGAGGAAUAUCUGGGCCACCUGAGCAACAGAAGUUAUUCUUUGGUAUUUUCCUAUGUAUGUAUCUUAUUACCUUGACGGGGAACGUGCUCAUCAUCCUGGCCAUCGGCUCUGACCCACACCUUCACACGCCCAUGUACUUCUUUUUGGCUAAUCUGUCUUUAGUUGACAUGGGUUUAACAUCCUCCACAGUUACCAAGAUGCUGGCGAAUGUUCAGACUCAGCAUCAUACCAUCUCCUACGCCGGUUGCCUCACACAAAUGUAUUUCUACCUGAUGUUUGGUGAUCUGGACAGCUUUUUCUUGGCUGUGAUGGCCUAUGACCGCUACGUGGCCAUCUGCCGCCCUCUGCACUACUCCGCAGUCAUGAGCCCCCGGGUCUGUGCCCUGCUGCUUGCCUUGUGCUGGGUCCUCACGCAUGCUGUUGCCCUGACUCACACCCUCCUCAUGGCUCACCUGUCCUUCUGCGUUUUUGGGGAAAUAGCUCACUUUUUCUGUGACAUAACUCCUGUCCUGAAGUUGUCAUGUUCUGACACCCAUGUCAAUGAGUUGGUGGUUUUUGCCUUAGGGGGCACAGUACUCAUUGUCCCCUUUAUUUGCAUUGUCAUCUCCUACAUCCACAUUGUGUCAGCCAUCCUGAGGAUCCGAACUCCUGGUGGGGCGGGCAAAGCCUUUUCCACCUGCAGUUCCCAUCUCUGUGUUGUCUGUGUAUUCUAUGGGACCCUCUUUGGUACCUACCUGUGCCCUCCUUCUGUUGCUUCCGAAAAGAAGGACAUUGUAGCAGCUGUAGUGUACACUGUGGUGGUCCCCAUGUUGAACCCCUUUAUCUACAGCCUAAGGAACAAGGACAUGAAGAGGGCCCUUAGGAGGCUCCUCAGUCAUGGCAGAGUUUUUUCUUCUUAG